AUGCUUGGCAACAGUUACGUCCACCGCGGAUCAUUUGAUCCACGGACUUUGGUCCGAACACCCUUUGCGAUAGCUUUCAUUCUACUAUCGUUAUUCUCGCUAUGGCUGGGAACGACUACCACUUCCAUUCCUGUCAACGAUAAAUUCCUCCAUUAUGCCGUAUUCUUUGUUUUGACGACAUCUUUCUACUGGAUACUGGACACAUCUCGUCGUCGAGUCUUCAACCUCACAUUUUUCAUAUGCACCCUAUUUCUCUCCAUACUCAGUGAAUUCCUCCAAACCCUUCUAUCCGUCCGAAAAUUCGACCCAUGGUACAUUCUCGCCGAUAUCUCCGGAUCACUCUCCGCCCUAGCGAUAUGCACCUGGUAUCACAAACGCAUGCUCGAGCGCAAGCGGCAAGCGAAGGGCUACCAAGGUGUUACUGUAGAUGAAGGAGAUGAACUCGCAGACCUGGAGGCCGCUAUCGCAGAUAGGGAAUUUGAAUUGUCCGGUGAUGAAGGUGAAGAAGAGGAGGACCCCGUGACUGGUAGAGGGGGAAAGUGAGAGUGAGAGUAGUCAAACAAAUUAUCCGUUAACACGAGUGGAUUGGAUUGCUUGAUUGAUUGGGUGUGCGGCAUUCGGCGUUUUGGGGUUUUUAUAUCAUCGCGGAGAAUGUGGACGGCAAUUAUGUCACCUUCUGGAAGUCCCUAUUUUCUUUCCUUUCCUUCUUUUGCUUCAUUAAAUUCUUCAUUUUCCCAUUUUCCCCAUUUUUUUUUUGAUAUUUAUGUUCCCGAAUUCCUCGGGAAGACUGCAUUGCAUUUGGACGACGGCCGCGGGUACUUGCGCCAGAAGCGCUUCGGCGCAACCCCUUCACACACUCGCCAAGAGCCACGUGAUUUCAUGGAUUGUCACUCGUGGAGGCAGCAAGCUGCACCCAGUGAGGACGGUGGGGGUAGAUUGCCAGUCAGCUCGGACUCGCGACUUGGGGGAAGUGGCAUAUUUUGUAGAAUAUCCGGCUUUCUUUUGCUUUGUGAAAAUAUUAUCUUUUCUCCCUUCUUUUUUCUUUUGGCGGUUGAACAUUAUAUUUCGUACUGCCUUCGCAGACUACUGGUAUCGGUUCUUUGAAGAUAUUAAUAAAAUAGCUUUGGGAGUAGCGGCCCUGAUAGGACAA